GAAGUUUAAGAUAGAGCCGACUGUAACAGCCUCCCCUGACGACUAAUGACCGUAGCUUAGCGUUUCGGCUUGUUUUGAUAAUAGACUUGGAGCUAUUACUUGUUUAUAUUUCAUACACAGAAGACGAAUAUGGGAGAUUUGCACGACGAGUCAACGGUUCCUGUCUUCGAAAAACACCCGCUGGAACUUGGGGUUGAAGAUGUUUAUGACAUUUCAUACAUCAUUGGCAAAGACUUAUUAAAACUAAACAAAGAUGGUCAGGAAGUCUCAGAUUUACAAUUCAAAAUUGUCCGAGUUUUGGAAAUGUUUGAAAUAUUGGUAAGCAAGCAUAACCUGUCGCUGGAAGAGCUGAGAAUGGAGCGGGACAGCCUGAGAGGGGAACUGGAUCGAGUUGUUGCGGGUUCGCAGGAAAACGGUGACAGUAUAACUGGGACUGACAAGCUGGUAAUAGAUUUGAAGGACCCAAAUCGUCCACGAUUCACAAUGCAGGAGUUAAAGGAGGUUCUGCAGGAGAGGAACCAGCUUAAAACACAGCUACUGGUGGCCCAAGAAGAGCUGCAACUUUAUAAAAGUGGUGUUUUGCCUCAGCCAGAACCAAAUAUGGUGGAGGUAGAUUUGGGGAAUACAGAGGAGAACAAAGAACGACACAAAGUGGAGAGGACUACAGUUCAAAAACUGUUUUCCUUUAGAAGAAAAUGACAGCACCUAACUCCCCGAUCUGCCUCUUAGGAUGAGAAGCAUAUUUUGAAAGACUCUUACAUCUUCUGUAUCACCAAUCUGACAAUAUGUUUUUUAUUUACUUAAAAAUGUUCCUGUUAUAUGGCAAGAGUAAAUUUUUUUCUAAAAGAAAUAUGCUCAUCAACAAGCUAGUUACCUUUAAAAGCUAUACUUUGGGGACAUCUGAAAAAAAUCGACCAGGAUAAGUGAGGAACUAAUUCUUGCUUGUACAGUCUUUUUUUAACUAUAGGUAUUUGGUUGCACAAUUUUAAAUAAAAAAUAUAUCUUUUAAAGUUUUACUACCUUUGCUCUGCUUUAUUAACAAAAAAAUAUUGUUUGAAAAUCUAUAAGAAGUUCUAAAAGAUCUUCCCUGAAGAGUGGAAGUUGUUAUAGCUGCAAAGGGUGGGCCAACAUCAUAUUUAACCCUAUGGAUUAAAAAUUUGAGGUUGCUCAAGUUCAUAUGCAUGCGAAGGCAGACAAGCGAAUACUUUUGGCAAUAUAGUCUAUCCUAUUCACUAUUAGGUGCCAUUGUAACAAGAUAAUCAAAGUUAUUUGCUUAAUUUCAUUUAGGGUUUGAGUAAAUUAUUGUUCAUACUUUACAAAGACCAUGUAUCUCUUAGUCUAGUUCAAUACAAGCAAUCACACCAAUGGGAAGGAGUGGUGAAGGGUAAGCCACAGAAGGUUCUUCAGUGAAAAGGCUGCCUGUUUGUAGAGUGCGUUCCAUA